UCGGCUGGAGGAGGCGGAGGAGGAGGCGGGCUAGUCUGUGCGUCUCGUGCCAGGGCAAGGCGGCGCUUGAACGAAGCAAACAACCUUGCACAUCGCUUGGCUAUCCAGCUGUCUUCAUUCUCCACCACAGGGCGUUUGUGUGUGUGGUUUUGGAACCGUAAAGUCCAGUUCCUUAUCUCCGGCUGCCAAGGGCUAUAAAGCCAGCCCUCCCCCCAGCGAGUAGAUCUCGCUCGGGUGUGACCGGUGUGCUUGCACACUUCACUUGCCCCAUCUUCCGUCUCGUCUCCCUUCCUUUCGCCAAGGCGCCCCGGAGCAGCCCAAGAAAUGCAAGCUUUGGCGCUCUCGCUGACACUCUGCGCCCUGCAGCUGUGGCCAGCUGCCCUCGGAGGCCCCCAGCACCAGCGGUUUGUCGUGCUGGAAAAGGACAGGCCCAUGAAGUUGAGCAAGCUCCAAAGAUUUGAAUGGGCGAACUGUGGCCCUCCGUCGAAUCCUGCUGUGAUAAGGAGUCUGUCUGUAAGCCCAGAUCCAAUUUCCAUCCCAGGAGAUGUGACAGUCAGCGCAUCAGCUGCCACCAGCGUAAACCUUGUCUCACCUCUGAUGGGAAAUGUCACUUUGGAGAAGAGGCUUGGUGAAAUGUGGCUGAAGAUCCCCUGCGUGGAUAAUAUUGGGAGCUGCACCUAUGAUGACGUUUGUGUCAUACUGGACUCCAUUGCCCCUCCAGGCCAGCCGUGUCCAGAACCGUUGCAGACUUAUGGGAUUCCUUGCCGUUGCCCCUUCAGAGCGGGUACUUACAACUUGCCUCCCGUUGGCAUCUUCAUACCCAACGUGGAAUUGCCUCCUUUCUUCACCAAUGGGGACUACAGGCUUAAAGUGGUACUGAGUUACGGUGGACAACAGCUUUCCUGCAGCAAACUGUUAUUUUCCCUGCGUGCCAACUAGGGACCCAGCGCAAGCAUCCUUGGUGUCAAGUGCCACACUUCCUUCCUGCUUUUUUCCUGUCUCAUCAAUACUAAUGCAGAGACCCAUUUUGCAGCCUUAAGGGGAAGGGUUAUAGUUACUGCUUUCGUGAUUGCUCAUAAUCAUUUGGAGAGACAACCAAACUCAAUGAAGAAAGGAUCAUUUUUAAUAAAAAAUAAUAAUGGAUGUCUGACUGAUUAGGAUUAGGGCCAUGUUGCACAAGAGAUUUGUUCUACAUGAGAAUGUGGCAGUGGGGAUGAAUAAUACUUAAGUGACUAGAUAAUGUGCCUAUUUAUUUGGUUGCAUGAACUGCAGAGUGCAACUUCCCAGCAUGUGAACAUACAAUAAAAUGCCACAUACAUGAAAAGAUCUUAAGAGCCAUGCUUGAUCAAGGCAAAGGCUUUUUCUAGUUCGGUAUUCUUUUCUCACUAAGGCAGAAUCUACACUACUGCUUUAUAACAGUUUAUAAUGGUAUUAACAACUGUUGGGGCCCAGGACACAUUCUAUAUACCAUUUCCAAACUGCUUUCAAAGUGUUAUAUCCUGCUUGGUGUAGAUCUGGCCAACGAACAAGCAAAGGGAGCCCGCAAGCAGAACAUGAGGACAAUAGCACCCUCCUGCUCAUAUACCCUAGCGACUGGCAUACAAAGGCAUACUGCCUGUGAAACUGGAGGUAAUGCAGUCAUCUGGACUAGUAGCUUUUGAAUAUUGAGACCCUCCAUUAUCUUUACACACCGGCUCUGUUCAGACAACAUGCUAAACCAUGCUGCUUAACCACAAAAUGGCUAACAGAAUGCAUUGACCUUAAUGCACUCCAUUAACCAUUUUGUGGUUAAGCAGCAUGGUUUAGCGUGUUGUCUGAACCAGACCAUUAUGAGAUAAGUGACAUCCCCCUACAUCUUAGGUUCCACAGGGCCAUGAGAAAUAGGAAGGAUGUCUGUGGUGAUGACUGGGUAGCCUGAGCAAGGACUCAUCAAGAAGUGACUAGAGGAAGAAGCCCCACUUCCUCCUCCUUGAGUCACACUUCAGAAUUGCCAAGCAGGGCCUAUUAUCUCCUCUCACUCUGACUGGAUGAGGUGGCUCCUUCACCUUCUCAUGACCUAAACAGUUUAUAUGAGCAGCCAGUUUUAAACCCUCAAUGUGUCACAGUACCCAUUUCGGUCAGCCUUGUUCUAUAUCCACUUGCAUUGCAUAGGUCAUGCCAUGCUCAUUCACACAUCUGACCGCAUGAAACCCUUCUGAACAUAGGGAUUGAUGUUUGGUUGGGGAGGGUGGCCCUGAAGCCAAAGCAAGCAUGAAAGGGUAGUGGGCAAGUUUGAAAAGUUUGAGGAAUGCUGCCCUCCAUCCUUUUACACCUGUGUAGGAAAAAAUAUCUAACAAGUAACCCUGAUAUAUAUAUUUAAUGAUGUGCAAACGUAUUGAUAGUGAAGGUGCAUUGAGGUGGGACUUGCCUUUUAGCUAAACUUCUACCAGCAGUAGCAGGAAAACUCUCAACAUUAAAAUCUGAACAGAUAAUUAUUAAUACUUUUGCAUCUCAUGAGAGACUACUACAGUUUCUGGAAUCCGUGUUUGCAGGUUUGUUUCAAGGUAUGUGUAUGUACACAUCUCCAUCUGGAUAGGAAUUUUCUCUUCUUGACUAGCUACAGAAGGAAAGAUGGUUACUGACCUUCUGGUUCCUAAGGAACCAAUUGAUUCCCCAAUCCCACAGGAGUCCAGAUAUAUACAUCUCUUUUAUACUCAAGAAGACAUGCUUGGAUUGAUCAACCUGAUUGGCUUGUGAACAUUCUAAGCAACACCAUUUUGAAGCAUAAGCGACCCAGGUAUUAAGCAAAUAAUUUGAAGAUAUAAGUAUAAGAUAUAUAGUUACUGUGCCAUAUAAUAACAAUUUGGGUACCAAGUAUUGUGUCUUGACUCUGGUAGGAUCAAUUGAUCGGGGAUUCUUGCCAGCUUUGCAGUUCUGUGAGUCGAACAGUUUAAGUUGGUCCAUAUUACAUCUGCUGCACUGGCAAAAGACUGCUACAGUUGAAGAACAUAUGCUGAUCAUGGCCUUUUAGAAUUUAAAGUGGUUAACAAUAAGUCAACAUAAAUUUUGGGAUUAAGCAUUAAUUUUUCUAAUUGUCCCUGCUUGAUUUGAAGUUCUUGGACCUCUUCCCCAUAACACCAUGAUGUGUGAUACACACCCAUUGGAAAUGUUCAAUUCUUUUCUCCCCCUUUAUUCUCCUUCCCUCUAAAUAAGAGCUUAAGCUUGCAGAGCGAUCAUCAUAGGCCCUUCAAGUUUCUGUGAAUUUGCACCUGUAUUCUAUGUAGCAGAGAUAUUUUAUUACAUUUUAUGUUGAUGACAUUAAUAGAGCUCUGUCUUCAGGGAGUUUUGUGUAUUAACAGCAAUAGUAUUCCUUAUCUUGUGCCAUUUCACUUGGUUUGAAUGGAUAGGCUGUCAUGGGUGUGUAUCCUAUUUCAUAACCUAGUAGCGUUUUAUAUACUCAGUCUUCCAAGUCCUGGUUUCAAUGCAUCUGAUGUGCUUUUAUGUCAUCCAUCUCUACGUCACACCUUGUUUUUCAUGUCCCUCUGUCAUCCAAAUAAAUACGUUCCUUUGAGAGAGUGGAGAAAAUAUAGGAUAUUUUAUAGAGGUGUAACAGUCCAAGUUAGACCUGGAGAAGUUACACUGCUUAAUUUGGGUAGAUGUGUAGUAUGUGCAAGUCCAGAGUGAAAGCCAUGGACAGGCUGUGGCAGAUAAGGUAUCUCCUCAACUGAGGCUUAAGAGACCCCUCCACCUUUUCUUGAUGACACAAUGACCCCAGAUCCUUUUUAUUAUAAUUGCACCCAAAGCUUAUGUGUAAGAGAGACCCUGAUUAUCACCAUAGCACAGGUUUGUGAACAAGACUCUUGUUGCACUUGUUUGCCUUUAAGCAUAUUGCUGUUGUACUUGCCAUUUUAAAUUGUCAGAGCUAUGACAUGGGUUUAUAGCACCCUGUUAAUACUACUACAUGCUUUCAUAGGACUGUGCUGCUAAAACACCCCAUUAGCCUUAAAUGAUAAUGGCCACGGUCUGUCUCAAUGCCAGAUAUAAUCCCAUGGAUAUAUAGAAAAUGUUAUUUAGAAAAAACACCUUAUUUUUUUCUUCCUGCCCUUGUUACAUUUCAUAAGCAAUAAUGGAUUUUUAAUUGAUUUUAUUUGCACUCUUAAGAAUCUCACUAAUAAUCUCUCAAAGUUUAUCCAUUCCAUAUGUUUAUUAGCAACCAGCUGAUUUAUUUUGUGGGGUCCAAUUUCAUGUUGAAAAUAAUCCAGUGGCCUUUAGUGCUGGAAGGAGGUACUGAAUAAAUCUUUUUAUUGAUAUUGUA